AUGAUCGAGCUCGUGCGAGACCCGACUUCGCCCGAUGGCUUCCCCUGCGGCGCUUUCUUUGCUUGCGCCAUGGCCCCCCUCGUCUCCGCCACUCGUCGAUCCGCGUUCCCAGAACAGUCAAGCCGAGCCGCUGGCGCGAAGCCCAUCGUUAGCAGCGGUUCCAGUGUGUGUUUGAGUAAUUUGCACGAGGGGGAGCUGAUCCGGAUCCUUCCGCCGUGCGAGCAUCGGUUCCACGUGGCCUGCAUCGACCACUGGCUCGCCACCAAGACCACGUGUCCAGUCUGCCGAACGGACCUCCAAUCGUCGGAUCCGAUUGUGACUGCCGAGGAUUCCGAGGUAACGGAUAAGGUGGAGGGAGGAGACAACGCAGUCUGA